UAUUUGACGAGUAACUUGCGCGUGUAAAUAAAGUUCCAAUCUUUGGCUUCGGCCAUCACUAUGUAUAUAGACUACAAGUCCAGUCAAAACAUUGCACCUUCCAUUUCAUGCCCAUUUCCUCUUCUAUUCUUCUCAUUUAAGCCCUCUAUUUUUGGAAUUUAUUAAUAUUCAAAUCUUUUAAACCCUUUCUCUUGUACAUAUACACCCUUAGUUUCAAAUUUUCCUCAGAAGAAAAAAAAAAGAAGGAAGAAAAGAAAAACAGAGAAAGAUGGGUUUUUUAAAAGAAGAGAAAUCUAAAAGAGUGUUGAGAAUAAUAAAGACAGUGUUUUUCUUAAUCACUAUGUUGAUUUCUCUUCUCUUAUUCUCGGCUCCUGUUCUUCUUGUUAUUGCCGAUACCUUACUCCCUUCGGCGAUUCUCUCUGCCUCGCUUUCUCCACACCAUACGGCGUCGUUUCAUGAUGAUAAUACUAAUCCCAUUCCCACCUCUUAUUCUCCGCUCGAAACUCUCUCUUUUCAUUUCAGAAACUACGAUUUUCGAUACUCUCUCAUUGAUAUUCCAAUCAUUUCCAUUGUCAGAUCAGCCGUAAUCAUCUGUGUUUAUAGCUUCUGUGAUGGACCAAAGUUAUCGAGAGGACCAUAUUUGGGGAUUACAACAGUGUGUUCUCUGCUUUCUCUUGUGUUUGUUUCGUUAAAAGCUUCUUAUGUAUUUGGGGUUUCGAGUGUUGAUCAAGAAGGGUAUAUCAAUAUGAGAGUAGCUGAAAUAGCCCUUUUCUUAUGCUCACUGAUUUUGGCUGUGGGUCAUAUAAUUGUGGCUUAUAGAACUAGCUGCAGAGAAAGACGAAAGCUUUUAGUUUACAAAAUCGACAUUGAAGCUGUUUCAGCUUGCAAGAAAGGGUUUCCUAGGUAUCAAAAGAUUCUUCAAGAGGAAAGAACCAAGUAAAUUAUUUAACCUCCAAAAGAGAAUUUUCAACAAUGGAUUUCUACCCAAGUGUUCAAACUAACCCUUCUUCACUUCAGCCUUGAGUUUUCAGAUUUAUUUAAAGGAAUCAGUGAACUCAGGAGUGUGUGUAUAAUAUAUAAUUAUAUAUAGUAAAAAAAAAACUUAGGGAAAGCAGACAGAGCAGAGAAGGUGACCACUUGAAUAUGUCGAAUAAGCUUAAAAUGUAUUUGACGUGUAACUGGUGAUUGCUUAUAUAGAGAGGCUGCCGUCUGCCAUAUCUCGACACAUAUUUUUUUCUUUUAUUUUUUGAAGGCUUCUUUUAUUUCUUUACCAAUUGUACAGUUACUUUCAUUCAUUUAGAAAAAAAAUAAGGAUAGAUUGUAAGUUGGGAAAUAGGUCUCUGUUGUUUUCUUCUUUGAGCUUGUGGUGUGAACUUGUACCUAUGUCCUCUACAAAAGAGUGACAUUUUUAGUGAUAUAAUGUUAAUGUAUGCAUAGUGUCUUUGUAAAAUGAAAAAAGAAGAAAAGUGGGAUGUAGAUAUCUAAUAUACUUUUUAAACCAACAAGAAAA